AACUCAUCUCCAAAACUCUUAAACCCUAAACCCAUAGAACUCACAAGCUUACAGGUGAGUUGCCAUGGCGUCCAAAGCGCAUCCCCUUUUCUCCGCCAUUCCACACUUCCUAACUUGGCGGAGCCUCAGCUUUCGCACCGUUUGUUGCGGCCGCAUGGGCUUCGCUUCUCAAUCUCAACAGCAGCGUGAUCCCACCGAUGCAAUCUCAGGCCGGACCAAGGUUCUCGAAUCUUUCAAAGAAGAAUUCGAGAUUGGAUCGCGCUUGAUUACGUUGGAAACUGGGAAGAUCGCUCGGUUUGCUAAUGGCGCCGCGGUUUUGGGCAUGGAGGAGACUAAGGUUUUGUCCACCGUUACCUCUGCUAAGGGGGACGCUGUUUGUUCUGAUUUUUUGCCUCUCACGGUGGAUUAUCAAGAGAAGCAAUUUGCACAAGGUGUUAUUCCAAGUACAUUCAUGAGGAGAGAGGGGGCUCCUAAAGAGCGUGAACUUUUAUGUGGUCGCAUUAUAGAUCGUCCGAUUAGGCCAUUAUUUCCCAGUGGAUUUUACCAUGAGGUCCAGGUAAUGGCCAGCGUUCUUUCUUCCGAUGGUAAACAAGAUCCAGGUGUUAUGGCAGCUAAUGCAACAUCUGCUGCCCUUAUGUUAUCAGAUAUACCCUGGGGUGGCCCCAUAGGCGUGAUUCGUAUUGGAAGAGUUGAUGGGCAGUUUGUUGUCAACCCGACUAUGGAUGAGCUUAACUUGAGCGAUCUCAACUUAGUAUAUGCCUGUACAAGGGAGAAAACUUUGAUGAUUGAUGUUCAAGCAUGUGAAAUCACUGAAAAAGAUCUUGAAGCUGGAUUGAGGUUGGCACAUCCUGAAGCAGUUAAGUUUCUUGAACCUCAAAUCAGACUGGCUGCUAAAGCUGGAAAGCUGAAGAAAGAAUACAAGUUGUCCAUGUUAUCGGAUAGUACGAUGGAAAAAGUUACCAAGUUAGCCGAAGCCCCUAUUGAAGCUGUUUUCACUGACCACUCUUAUGGCAAGUUUGAACGUGGAGAAGCCUUAGAUAAGAUCACAAAAGAUGUAGAGAAAGUGUUUGAAGAAGAAUGCGAUGAAGAAGGCUUGAAGGUUUUGCCAAAAGCAGUAGACAGAGUCAGGAAAAAGGUUGUUCGCAGAAGGAUUAUUGCUGAAGGACUUAGAGUUGAUGGUCGACGUCUUGAUGAAGUUAGGCCAUUGUAUUGUGAAUCCAGAUAUUUACCUAUACUUCAUGGGUCAUCAAUUUUUUCUCGAGGAGAUACACAGGUUCUAUGUACUGUAACACUUGGAGCACCAGGAGAAGCUCAGCGCUUGGAUUCCCUAGUUGGUCCACCAACUAAACGUUUUAUGCUUCAUUAUAGCUUCCCCCCGUUUUCAAUAAAUGAAGUGGGGAAACGAGGUGGUUUAAAUAGGCGUGAAGUUGGCCAUGGAACCCUUGCCGAGAAAGCUUUGCUCGCUGUGUUACCUUCUGAAGAUGAAUUUCCAUAUACUGUUCGUGUAACUUCAGAAGUCAUGGCCUCAGAUGGUUCAACGUCAAUGGCAACUGUUUGUGGAGGUAGCAUGGCAUUGAUGGAUGCUGGCAUUCCGAUAAAUGCACAUGUGGCUGGUGUUUCAGUGGGUCUUGUCAGUGAAACUGAUCCAACAACUGGUGCAAUUAUAGAUUACCGUAUCUUGACUGAUAUACUAGGACUUGAAGAUCAUCUGGGGGAUAUGGACUUCAAAAUAGCUGGCACACGAAAAGGAAUUACAGCAAUUCAGUUGGACAUAAAACCUGCUGGAAUUCCAUUGGACAUAAUAUGUGAGUCCCUAGAGCAUGCACGCAAAGGUCGCCUGCAAAUACUAGAGCACAUGGAGAGUGAGAUUAAUGCACCACGUAUUAAGGAUGAUGCAAACUCUCCUCGAUUAGUUAUCUUAAAGUACACUAAUGAUGCUCUUCGUCGCUUAAUUGGACCUCUUGGUGCUUCGAAGAAAAAAAUUGAAGAGGAAACAGGUGCACGCAUAUCUGUUGGUGAUGGAACUCUUACCAUAUUGGCUAAAAAUCAAGCUGUGAUGGAAAAAGUACAAGAAAAGGUUGAUUUCACACUUGGGCGUGAGAUUGAAAUUGGAGGGAUGUAUAAAGGAGUUGUAACUUCAGUGAAAGAGUAUGGUGCAUUUGUUGAGUUUAAUGGUGGCCAGCAAGGCCUUCUCCACAUCUCAGAGUUGUCACAUGAUCCAGUCUCCCGAGUUUCAGAUGUUGUAUCUGUUGGUCAGAGGAUUUCCUUGGUGUGCAUAGGUCAAGAUGUUCGUGGUAAUAUCAAAUUGUCCCUCAAAGCAACUAUGCCCCGACCAAAAGCUGAAGCUCAGAAUGGAAAUUCUGUUCCUUCUUUAGAUCCAGUUUCUCCGGUCGGAGAAGUACCUAAGACGUGGCACGAAACUCCGAAUUCUACAUCCAAUACUUCUCCUGUGGACACAAGUGUAGGUAGUGAGGUAAAUCGUACUUCAUCAAUUCCAUCUAUCCUUAUUCGGAGUGCUGAAGAUUGUGAUGAGGAGGACAAAAAAUCCGCUGAUAUGAACGUGAAACUUAAGGAUACUCGAAAAUCGAAUGCCAAUUCUAGAUCAGAACGCAAGUCGAAACCCUUGGCUCAGAAUGGUCCAAGUAACAACGAAGUUGAUGUUGAGAGCCCCAUAAACGCGAGAAAUCUGAAACUUGGAGUGCGAGUCAGGGCAAAGGUUUAUCAGAUUCGAGCUCGUGGUUUAGUUCUUGAUUUGGGUGAAGGACUUCGUGGGAUGUAUAAAUUCGAGGGAGACAACAGGAGCAAUUUCGAAGUUGGGGAUGAGUUACACGUUCAGUGUUCGAGCUUUUCGAGCAAGGGAAUUCCUGUAAUGUCAUUGGUCGCUAACGAGUAGUCAGUUUUACAUCACACAUCAGGUUCUCACUUGCUGUUACAAUCUGUGGCAAUAUCUAUUAUGUGCUUUGAUAUUGGCAGAAACAGAGCUUUGUUUCAAGCAUAGAGAUAGAACCGAAGUUCGAGCUGUAUGGAUUGCUAUCAAUCUCAUUCUUUCACUCGUAAACGUCGGUUUGAGUUUUGAAACUAUCUUUUUGCAUCUUCCAGUAGCGAGUAGAAAAUUUAUUGCUAAAUUAAUGUAAUCAUUCUUAGUAUGUGAAACUGAAUCUUUGAUAUAUUUUAUCAUAAGCUAUCGUUCUGUAAUCGUUAUUAGUAGUUGAAA